ACACGAUCAAACCACAAGGAUGGCGCUAUUCCGAGCGGCGCAGAAGCACAUGGACAUCAUGAACACAGAUCUGGUGGUCAGCGACGAUGGAGAUGACGACUCGUCUGGUGUGUCUGGAGACGAAGGGGAGGACAGUGAUGAGGACGCCGUACAUCAGCGACGACGACGCGCCGCGUCGGACUCCGACGACGAUGGCGACCGACCGCGGAAGGAAGUCGAUGCCGACGAUGACAGCGAUGAUGCAGAAGCAGAGGUCGACGAGGAAGAGGAGCGCGCGGCGUUCUUGGACGACUUUGUCCCGACCACGUUGGAAGGACGGAAUGCGUUCCGGUGCAAGGUGUGUCCCCAAGUCAAGUUGUUCAACGAACAAGACAUUUUGAACCACGUCCAAUCCAAGAAACACAAGCGGGCAUGCAUUACCCCCGAAGAAAUCGCGCGCUUGAAGGCGCGCAACCAGCGAAAGUCCGCCAAGCGCCGGCUCAAGCAUCAAACGGCUCUGGAUGCCAAGAAGGCCCUUGCGAACAAAGCCAAGGACAACAGCUCGUCCAACAACGAGAACAAGACGCACAAGACAUCUGCGAAGCGAACCAAGCCCACCGCCGACGCCCCCGCAUCGACGGAAGAGCGCGUCCCAAAGAAAGCGAAGAAGAGUAGUGCUAAGGCAUAAUCACACUACACUUGACGUCGA